AUGACAUGGGUAUGAACCAUCAAAGUCUAAAUUAUUACAUAAAGACACUAUAAUUGAUAAAAUAUAUAAAUCUUCAUGAAUUUUUUAUAUUUAUUUUUCCCAUUUGCAGAAUGCCAAAAAGUGCCAAAAAGCCGGGAACUGAUUUUUGUUAUGGGGAAAGAUUGAUGUAUAACUCCUCAGCCGAGUAGUAAAUGUGCCGCGAUUUUUUGCAUACUGUUUGAUAAGAAUGUGUCAAUGUUGACUUCCAAGUUUCAUGCGAUUUUUCGUUAUUAUAAGUCGGUUAGACCACGGGAAAGAUUGCAAUUGUUGAAUACUUAAGGUGGCUAUAUCUUGCAAACGGUAAAAACUGCAAAAAUUAUUUUAGGUGGUGCAGAUAGAGUUCUAUUCCCUCCUUCUUAUUUACUAUUCACCCAAUCACCCGAUGUCCUCAAAAGUGAGGGGCGAUAAUAUUUGUUGGACCGUGUUUUUGUAACGGUGUUCAAAAAUUUCAAUCAAUAAUUGAGAAGAUUAGCUAAAAAAGCGCUUUUCAAUUGGGAUUAAUUGUUGUGAUUUUGUUGCUUUUAUGUGGAAUAUGGUGUGUUAUUACCACUUUUUUACACCCAGGACAUGAUUCUAGCGCUAUUAAUUGGAUUGUCGCCAUCCGAGGGGUAAAAUGUUUCGUCCUUUGACGAAUUUAUACAGUUUUUCCUCUGCUGAUGGGCAAACCACUCUAAUAGUUGCUUUAAAGUUGUUUAGGAGACAUGCAAACGUUCUGCGGUCGUGUAUGAACAUAAUCUUAAAGUAAGUGUUACAAAAACUUUAUUAUUUUUCAGUGAGCAAGUUCUGAAUAACAACAAGAGCGAAUGUACACCAUCGGAACACUGGCGGAACACCUUGGGACCUUUACUUUGUUUUCUGAAAUGGCAUAAACUGAAAAAUAGUGAAAAAAUAAAAUGUUUGUAACACUUACCUUAUGAUUACGUUCCUACGCGACCGUAGAACGUUUGCAAGUCUUCUAAACAACUUUAAAGCAACUAUUAGAGUGGUUUGCCCAUCAGCAGAGGAAAAACUGUAUAAAUUCGUCAAAGGACGAAACAUUUACCCCUCGGAUGGCGACAAUCCAAUUAAUAGCGCUAGAAUCAAGUGUAAAAAAGUGAAAAUAACACCAUAUUCCACAUAAAAGCAACAAAAUAGUCUUGAACUUUACCAAGAAAAAAUUUCUUGCGAGAAAAAAUAUUUUUCUCCUGGGACGAAAUGCCAAGAUCAAGCGGAUUUGCAGGGAAAUUCGUCGGCAUUUGAAGAUUUUUUUCGAUAUUCCGGCCCUUCUUUCUCGGCGGAUUCUGCAAAGCGCGAGCUAGGAUGUUCGCAAUCGAAUAAGAAAAUUCUGAUCUCCAUCUAUGCCAAUUUUUAUAAAAAUCUGAGCGUCGCACUUCGGGUACUUCCCUUGUCAGAAAAAUGGGAAUUAUAGAGAGAGUAAACGUCUUACCCGUUAUUUUCCCGGCGCGAAAACAAUGAAUGCCAGCGGCUUGGCAUUGUAAUAUAGACGGGCCGGGGACAGCAGGGGUGGUCAGUGGGCCGGGCCGGCCCGGCCCAAACGGGCCGGCCGGGCUCAAAAAUGGAAAUUGACAAACGGGCCGGGCCCGUCACGGGCCGGGCCGCGGCCUGGCACUGCGGGUCGGGUCAAGUUUUUUUCAUGGGGUGGUCAAGUCUUUCCCCUAAUAUUAUUUUUUCCCCGAAAUUCAGACUGUUAUAUGGGAGGUUAAUCAAGGUAAAUCUGGUCAGUUCUUGUUGAUUAUUUCAAGAACAAGUCUUAUUCUUUUUUUAGAAAUCAAAUUUGAUUGAAUUACGGUGUGGGUUUGCCUCAAUUUUUAGCAUUCUUUGGGGGUAUGUAUUCUAUACCUAAAUGAUCAAUUGUGAGACAGUUUCAAGUCUGAUUUACGAUAUCGUUUCCAUUUCACCUUCGGACGUACGCCACCUGUCCAAUAAAGGUAAGUAACUGUGAAUCUGGUAGUCCGUUUUUUAGUAAUUAAAGAUUUUGUAUAUUAUUCUAGGUUAUUCAGAAAAUUUUGUACGGGAUUUGCCUGGUUUUCCCUCAAAAUCACGUCCAACAUAUUAAUUUUACUGUCCUAACCACGUUUUCCAUCACCAGAGGUCUUCACAGAUGUGAUCCAGACGUUAUACGUUACAGGGAUCAUGUAUAACAUCCGCCUGAAAAAAACGCUAGAUUGGUCUCAAACACAUUUUUGCUUCGCUUGAUGAUCCUCGAAAGUAUUUUCUUUGAUUUUUAUGAAAAUUCCGCAUAGUUUGGGCGUUGAAUUUCAUCUCUACCUAAAAUCUGCAUCAACUUUGGACACAAAGAAAAAGUCUAAAAGAGAAGGAGAAACCUGUCCACUUACGUUUUUAUAGGCACUAGAGACCAAUAUUACGCUAAAUAAUCUAAUCCAGGCCGAAAACUUGGCAAAUCUCAACAAAAAUCUUCAAAAGUACCUAGUAUAAUAUACAAAAUCUUUAAUUACUAGAAAACGGACUACCAGAUUCACAGUUACUUACCUUUAUUGGACAGGUGGCGUACGUCCGAAGGUGAAAUGGAAACGAUAUCGUAAAUCAGACUUGAAACUGUCUCACAAUUGAUCAUUUAGGUAUAGAAUACAUACCCCCAAAGAAUGCUAAAAAUUGAGGCAAACCCACACCGUAAUUCAAUCAAAUUUGAUUUCUAAAAAUAGAAUAAGACUUGUUCUUGAAAUAAUCAACAAGAACUGACCAGAUUUACCUUGAUUAACCUCCCAUAUAACAGUCUGAAUUUCGGGGAAAAAAUAAUAUUAGGGGAAAGACUUGACCACCCCAUGAAAAAAACUUGACCCGACCCGCAGUGCCUGGGGUUUUUUCCGGCCCGGCCCGUCUAAAUUACAAUGCCAAACCGUUGGCAUUCAUUGUUUUCGCGCCGGAAAAAUUAAUUGAUGUUGUUAUCUGCUGUUUCUCAAGUUCUAAAACGUUUACAAGUCUAUAGUUCCAUUAUAGAACCACAAAACUAUCACAUUGAUCCUUUACUAGCUAGAUCAACGCAUUUUUUGCCUAACAAGGGAAGUACUUGAAGUGUGACGCUCAGAUUUUGAUGAAACUUGGCACAAAUUUAGAAUAAUUUUUUCUAAGAUAUAUGCGGGAAUCCUAGCUCGCGCUUUGCAGAAACAACCGAGAUUUUUAGAUCGAAAGUCGGCGAAAAUUUGGGACUUUUUGCCGAAUUUCGGCACGAAAAGUUUCAUGCCUAUUUCAACCGUAAAGAAUAGUGUUUCUACAAAAAAUCAAAUUUUUCCGCACGAAACUGCCAAAGUUAUGGCCAAAAAGCGGUUUUCUCUCUGACCGCUCUCCACGUUGAGCGUGCUCUCUCGGCGGCAAAAAUCGUUCAAUAUCUCGGCGGCGCCCGCAAAGCGCGAGCUAAAACUUUCAGGAAUUGAUAUUUAGUCCAUACCCGAUGUGUGUGCAAAAUUUAAAGAAAAUCUGAGCGUCACACUUGAAGUACUUCCCCUGUAAGUUUAGAUCCCAAGCUUGGGCGCAGUUCGCAGAACCCUCUAUAGACGGGCCUGCACGGGCCGGGCCGGGCCAGGCCCGUCACGGGCCGGGCCUGGAAAAAGACUAGACGGGCCGGUAAUUAGACGGGCUGGGCCGCGGGCCGAAAAUCGGAAAAAUAGGGUCCGCUGACCACCCCUGGGGGACAGUGGUGGUAAAAAACUUGGGCGCAUAAUGCGGCACCUUGCGCCCAAAUCGGGCCCGCGCAUGCCGAAAAAAUGAAAUUGGCGAAAAUUAUAUGUUCAUCACCAGGGAUGGCCAUCGGGGACUGACAAAGUUUAAAGCGGGCCGGGCCUGAAUUUUGCCGGGCCCAUGACCUGAAGUCGAGAAAAGAGGCCCGUUUGCCACCCCUGUUCAUGGCCAUGUACACGUGUGUAAUUCAAAGUAGAGCAUUUUCAAUAUUGCGUCAUUUCAUAUUAUAUAUUUUUCGUUUAGGUUAAAAUGUCACUCAAUAAGAAGGACUUCUGGAAUUGUCAUCCGGGAUUUUUCUCGGAUUCAGAAAAGAAGAAGUAGGAUUUUGAUGUCACAUAACCUUUAUUUGUUUUCAGACUUCCAAUUGAUGGCAAGAGGAGUAUUUUAAUCACGUCAGCGCUGCCGUAUGUGAAUAAUGUCCCUCACUUGGGGAAUAUUAUUGGAUGUGUCUUGAGUGGAGAUGUUUUCUCACGGUUUGUUCUCAAUACAUUUUAUAGUUUUCGGUUUAGGUACUGUCGUAUGCGUGGAUAUCAAGUACUCCAUGUUUCGGGCACGGAUGAAUAUGGAACGGCAACGGAAAUGAAAGCUCUCAAGGAGAAGAUGACUCCAGCGGAGAUUUGUGAGAAGUUUCACAAGCUCCAUAAAAGUAUCUACGAGUGGUUCAACAUUGACUUCGAUAACUUCGGUCGCACCACUACUGAGCAUCAGACAGAGUAAGGUCUUUGAUUUUUUUGAUCUCUUCUUUUAGGAUUUGCCAGAAGAUUUUUCUUCAAUUACACGAAAAUGGGUACACUUCUACUUCGUCUAUGGAGCAGUUGUUUUGUAUUUCUUGCUCAAAAUUUUUGGCUGAUCGGUAUGUCUUUGGAACCUGUCCUCUUUGUGGUUAUGACGAUGCCAGAGGAGAUCAAUGCGAUAAAUGUGCAAAGUUAUUAGAUGCGGUGAAUCUGGUGAAUCCCAAAUGUCAUAUUUGUGGGUCAACUCCUGAAAAAAAAGUUUCUGAACAUAUCUUCUUGGAUUUGGAUACUUUGUCGGUAGGCUAAUUCCUUUAACCGUGGAUCCCAUUUGACUCGAACGAGUUAAUGAAAUAUGAAUACUUCUAGAUACAAGUAGAGGAAUUUCUGGAGAAAAGAACGAAGUGCGAAGAUAGCAAAUGGUCAGCCAACGCUAUCUCGAUUGCCAGAAGUUGGCUAAAACAAGGCCUGGAGAAGAGGUGUAUCACACGAGAUAUAAAAUGGGGCACCCCGGUACCAUUGCCUGGCUUCGAUAACAAGGUGCGAGUGUUAUGAAUUUAAACUUAUUGAACAUAGGUCUUUUACGUAUGGUUCGAUGCCCCCAUCGGAUAUUUAUCCAUCACGAAGGGGCUACUUGGAGACGAUUGGGAGAAGUGGUGGAGAAAUGAGAAAGUGGAAUUGUAUCAGUUUGUUGGCAAGGAUAAUGUCGCUUUUCAUGCAAUUAUUUUCCCUGCCACUCAAUUGGGAACUAAGGACAAGUUCACCAUGGUGAAAAACCUGUGUGCUACCGAGUAUUUAAAUUAUGAAGAUCAGAAGUUUAGUAAAAGUAGAGGAACAGGGGUGUUUGGAGAUCAAGCUAGUGGCACUGGAAUCCCGGCUGAUGUCUGGCGCUUCUAUUUGAUUUAUAUGAGGCCUGAGAACCAAGAUACUGCGUUCAUAUGGGAUGAUUUUGCUUUAAAGGUAUGAUUUUUUAUUUUGAAUUAUCUAGUUUUAGGUGAAUUCCGAACUGUUGGCUAAUCUGGGAAACUUUGUUUUGCGUGCUCUCAGCUUUUUAAGCAACAACUUCAAGGGCAAGGUUCCCAAGAUAACACUGAACAAGGAAGAUCUUGAGUUGAUCGAUGAAGUCAAUGUUCUUUUGGCUCAAUUCGUCGACCAAAUGGAGAAUGUCAAGAUGAGAGAUGCUCUGCAGACUGUGUUGUCCGUAUCUAGGAAAGGAAAUCAGUAUAUGCAAUCACAACAGCCUUGGGUACUGGUGAAGAAAAAGGAAACCGAGGAGAGAGGAGCUUCGGUGAUAGCAUUAGCUGCGAAUCUCUCAGCAUUAUUAUCAACUUUACUUUUCCCAUUCAUGCCACAAACGUCUGAGACGUUAAGAGAACAAUGUGGAAUUAAGGAAAAGAUGCUCUUACCCACUAAAUUCUGCCAGCUUAUAAAGGAAGGUCAUCAAAUUGGAAAAGUAGGUUGAAAAUCUUUUACUUUCGGCAAUUGUGGUCAUAAAACGACAACAUAUACUGCCCGACUAUUAAAAGUGAAGUCUCGAUUCUGAGCCCGAUAUUGCCCUGAGGCACAAGGUGUUCCCCCAGGCCUCUUCGGUACCCUACGCCGAUACAGAGUGCCAAUUUUCAGACAUGUGCACUUUAAACGCACUGUGCAACGGGCGAUUGAAAAAUUUUUGGGCGACAAUUAAAAGUGAAGUUUUUACUUUUUGGACUUACCUGACCUUUUGAGGGAUCUGUUGGGACGGAAACCGUGCAGAGACAUAGUCAAGGUUACAGUGAAGAGCCCUAGACACAAUUUACAAAAAUUGUACAAAUUUUAUGGUACCAUUUCCCGACAUCAAGACGCGGGGUUUAGGUGCCACAAAACGGGGUCUUUAGGCACUAUUUUUUGUAAGACUGGUAAUUUUAUGAUGCUGAAUACAUUUUCUGACUAUCUUCAUACAAAUAAUGCUGCGAGUUUGUCAAAUUUUGGCCCGCUUCAAAGCGUGCUUAUCGACAACGGUACUAGUCAAGGGGAAUAUCGAUGCAAUUUCGAAAGAUGAGAUGCAGAAUCAGCGCAAAUUUUGUCUUGUACUUUUCGAUUACCCUCUUAGCAGCUAAAAACAGCGUUGUUUACUUGGAGGUGCGUACCUACCCCGUUUUUACCAUACACUUAACUUAACUUGGUAUAUAAGCAUUUUUCGCAUAACUCGAUGCAGCGAAAUUGAAAUUAAUGAUGUUGUUUUUGACUAAUUUAUAUCCAGAAAAAUCAUGUGAAGGGGUUUUGGGCCAUUAAAACCCAAACCAUGGCGUUACACUUCGGUUAUGGACGGUAAAUUUCAGCAACUUUAGGAGACCGUUGUGAUACCUGCUAUUUUUGUCUCUAAAAGGAGCGAUAACAUAAAAAGUAAAGUUUUUAGGAAAGAAGGAUGUCUAUCCACCCCGAUCCUACUAUCAAACCGAGAGGGGUACUGGUUCCUGCUACGGUAUAAGUCAAAAUAGGCACCUAGCCGUUAUCCAUAUCAACAAGAACGCUUUGAAGCGCACCAAAACUUGACAUACUCGCAGCAUUAUUUGGACAAACAAUGUCACAAGAUGCACUCAGCAUCAUAAAAUUACCAGUCUUACAAAAAAUAGUGCCUAAAGACCCCGUUUUGUGGCACCUAAACCCCGCGUCUUGAUGCCGGGAAAUGGUACCAUAAAAUUUGGACAAUUUUUGUAAAUUGUGUCUAGGGCUCUUCACUGUAACCUUGGCUAUGUCUCUGCACGGUUUCCGUCCCAACAGAUCCCUCAAAAGGUCAGGUAAGUCCAAAAAGUAAAAACUUCACUUUUAAUUGUCGCCCAAAAAUUUUUCAAUCGCCCGUUGCACAGUGCGUUUAAAGUGCACAUGUCUGAAAAUUGGCACUCUGUAUCGGCGUAGGGUACCGAAGAGGCCUGGGGGAACAUCUUGUGCCUCAGGGCAAUAUCGGGCUCAGAAUCGAGACUUCACUUUUAAUUGUCGGGCAGUAUAAUUUACUUGAAACAUUAUGCCACAACUGGAAAUAAAUUUUUCCUUUGUGUUUUUUUUAACAAAUUUGAUGUAAUAGGUAAAAAAAAGUAGAGUCCAAGAAGCGAAUAUUCAUUUGAACUGUUAUCGAAAGUGAUGUUGCGCCUUUUUCAGCCUGCUGCAUUAUUCGCGAAGAUCGAGUCAGCCCAGAUGGCUUCAUUGAAAGCUCAGUUUGGUGGAGGUCAGAAUGGGCAGUCUGAAGAAGCGAAACCUAACCAGAAAGGCAAGUUUAAAAAACUGCUUUUAAUUCUAAAUCUAGAAGGAAAGAGACCAAAAAAAGACACUGUUCAGACAGUUCAGUCCAGUUUUCCCCAACUGUUAAAAAAUCAAAACACAAUUGAGCAGCUCGUUGCAGAAACCAGAGAGAAGUUUGAAAUUUUAAGUAAGUUUUAUUAUUACGUUUUAGUGUUUUAGAGGAACAAUUCGCCCAGAAAGAGUUGGGAAAGUUGAGGGAUCGAUUCACCCAACUAAGCAAAGACUUCGGAACCGUGUCAGCUGAACUGCUGAAGUGCGAAAAGGAAGCUGGGGGUUAGUUGUUAAUUAUUUUUGUGGUUCUCCAUGAUAAUUCAACAUAAAAUCAAUUUUUAGUUCCUAUUUUCAAAGUUGAUCUGCCCAAGGCAGCAGUUGCCCCAGCUCAACCAGUGGAAGAGAAACCAAAAGCGCCGAAGAAUGAAAACAAGAAGGGUGAGGCCAAGGAAACCCCACAGAAGAAAGGUUUGCAUUUAAUCUGAAGUAGUCAAAAAUUCCAUCCUUAUCGCUUUAAUAAAAAUUGAAACUAUCAUGCUUCUUUCAGGAAACGUCAAGCCCGCUCCCGUGUCUGAUGAGGUUGACAUUGGUCGUCUCGAUUUGAGGGUUGGAUUGAUUCGUGAAGCAAAGAAACAUCCAGAUGCCGAAGCUUUAUAUGUGGAAACAAUUGAUCUCGGCGAAGAAAAGCCCCGGACUGUCAUCUCCGGUCUGGUCAAACAUAUCCCUCUAGACCAGGUGCGCACAAUGCGUAUUCUUAAUGUAUUUAUAGAUGCAAAAUCGCUUGGUUGUAUGCCUAUGUAAUCUAAAGCCGGUAAAGAUGAGAGGAAUUGAAUCCCAGGCCAUGGUAAUGUGUGCUUCAUCUCCAGAGAAAGUGGAGAUCAUGGAAGUGCCUCAAGGUUCAAAACCGGGUGACAUUGUAACCUGUGGUUCAUAUCAACGUCGCCCUGAUGCUGUCCUCAACCCUAAAAAGAAAGUCUGGGAAGCUGUUUCAGAACAUUUGAAGGUCAACAGCGAGGGAAAAGCGGUUUACAAGGACUCGGUUUUGGAUGUCUCAGGUCAUGGCCCAAUGACUGCCCCAUCUCUGCGCGGUGUUUUUGUUAAAUAG